AAAGCUUAUGUUCACAUAUGAAACGUGUAUGAUUAUUUCUUUCUCUCUGUACAUUUACUCCGCGGGUUUGAUGAGCUCACGCGGCUGAUAGGGCGCGCACCAAUGAGCGCGCGCCGUGAGAACCGGGCGCUUUCGGUCUCAGCCACUGAGAGACAGCGACGCUUAUUUAUGCGCAGGCUGUUCACUUUCAACGCGCUCAAAGUUGGCGGAUUGUCGGCUGGAAGCACUGCGCUCGCGCUCAGACCAGACGUACUUGCAGGUUACACAGUAAAACAUCAGCUGCGCGAAGGGAACGGCGAGCAACCGCAACUGCGCGCGCGGGCGCGUGUGUGUUUGCGUCUGUGCGAACGGUGCCUCGUGCGUCAUUUCGGUGACUUUGGUAUCCAUCCUGAAAUUGUAUUUGUUUAUUUAUUUAAUUUCCUCUUUAUACCUUUUUUUUGUGUGUGUGCGCUUGCGUGCGUUUGUGCGUGCGUACGAGUGGGCGUGUGUGUGUGUGUGUGUGUGUAAAAUGCCAAGUGUUGGCCCGUCACCGCGCGCGCGUGUCAAGCCGGGCCGCACGUUUGGAAGGACGCCCGACCGCAGCCUUUCUCAUCUGCAAGUUCACCCCGAUGAAUUGUGACAAAGGGCUGUCAGCACCCGAAUAAGAAAUCGAUGCUCGAGGAAGCGACGCGCGGCUCUCCUGGAAUUCUAACGAUCCCUGUGAUUUUUUCCCCCUCGCGUCUUUAUAACCGUGCGAAGUGGCUCUCCUGGACUACUGCUUGCCUCUGCAACUCGAGGGGGCUGAUAGUGACAGAUUAGCGCUGUUGAGUGUCCAUGCAAGGCUCGGAGAGUGUGAGAGAGGAGAGGAAACAUGUCUGGCCACUUCUCUGAGAGGAUCCCUGCUAUCAGAGAUGGCAUUUUUGCCCGGCACGGCGUUGCUCGCUUCUAAAGUGCCACGCAAAAUCCUGUUCAUGUUCACGCUGUCGCUGUCCGUCACGUACCUGUUCUACAGUUUGAUGAGCUGCUACGACUCGCUGCGCUUCCCCGUGCUGGAGAACUACGCGUACCAGGCGCCGGAGGUCACAACUUUGGCCACGCUGAGGGAGAAACUUUAUUCCAGCCCUUCACGCGCGCACCUCGAUCAGGAACUCGCAGCAACGACCGUCACGGCUAAUCUGUUCACGGAGAAAUACGACGCCGAGGAGAUCACAGCGGGAUGGGAGCGAGCUCGGGCGGAGACGGCUGUUAGUAAGAUCGCCGCUCUGAACGUGGAGCAUCCGGAGACCAGCACCAUGGACGAAGGGCUGGAGAAAGCCGUGAACUGCACGUCGGAUUACGGGGAGAAGAAAUUACCCCAAGCUAUUAUAAUAGGGGUAAAGAAAGGGGGCACCAGGGCUCUGCUCGAGGCGCUCCGAGUUCACCCGGACGUGCGCGCGGUCGGGAACGAGCCGCACUUCUUCGACAGGAACUAUGAAAAAGGACUGGACUGGUACAGGGACUUAAUGCCAUCGACGCUGGAGGGCCAAAUCACCAUGGAGAAGACGCCCAGCUAUUUUGUGACGAACAGUGCUCCGAAGCGCAUCCAUACCAUGGCGAAGGACAUCAAACUGAUCAUAGUGGUGCGCAACCCAGUGACACGAGCCAUUUCUGACUACACACAGACACUGUCCAAACGGCCCGAGAUCCCCACCUUCGAGGUCCUCGCUUUCAAGAACCGGACGCUGGGCCUAAUUGACGCGUCGUGGAGUGCGCUGCGUAUCGGAAUCUACGCGCUGCAUCUAGAAAACUGGCUCCAGUACUUUCCCCUGUCGCAGAUGCACUUUGUGAGUGGCGAGCGUCUCAUCACGGAUCCGGCAGGUGAAAUGACCAAGGUGCAGGACUUCCUGGGUCUCAAGCGCAUCGUCACUGAUAAGCACUUCUACUUUAACAAGACCAAAGGCUUCCCCUGCUUGAAGAAGCCUGAGGACAGCAGCACCCCUCGGUGCCUUGGCAAGUCCAAGGGCAGGACACACCCCAAAAUAGAGCCGGAUGUCAUCCGCAGACUGCACAAGUUCUACAAGCCCUUUAAUAACAUGUUCUACCAAAUGACAGGGCAGAAUUUCCAGUGGGAGAUGGAGGAUGGAGGUGACUCGCCCGGCCCACGGGACUGACAGACUGACAGACGCUUCUUCGCUCCACCAGCUUAACCCCCUCUCUACCCCGUUACCCCCACACACACACACACCCAUACCCUAUCCCUGAAAUUCAUCAUCCUCCUUAAACCGUGCUUCAGCACAACCAAUCAGUAAUAUCUGUCUGUAUUUAGAGCAAAAUGAUUUGCUCUUUAAUCCGUUUCCCCUGACAAGCCAACGAUCUUCACAGUGGCGAUUUGUUGUAUAUAUAUCAUACAGUACAUAAAUAUAUUUAUAUUUGUGAAAAGAAGAUGCUUUUAUUCAUUUGGUUUUUCAAAAAUACGACGUUGCUCUAAAAUCAUGUCUACUAUGAUGAUGCAUGCAAUGAGUUAAGUGUCCUUACCCCCUCAGCCAUAGAUUUCACUCUGUUUAUAUUUAUUUAUUUAUCUGUUUGUUUGUUUGUUUGUUUGUUUGUUUGUUUGUUUAGAUCACACACGUGUGACAUCAUAUCCGUGCCGAUGGAUCUCUCUAGAAUAUUAUUUGGUUUAGUCUUGACCUUUAGGCUUAAUUUAAAUCAUUGUUCCUAUUUAUUUAUAAAUUUGAUGUUAGAAGGGUUUGAGUUUUUCCACAAUACUGCACAAGCCUCUGUAUUUCUACACUCAAUAUUCAGCAUCGACGGACGGACGGACAUCACUACACUUUAUUUUGGUCUUUUCUUUAAUUGGAUAUCGAGGAGUUUACAGAAAGCGUCCUCACUCCCGGUGUAAACAUGGGCAAAAGCUUGUAGGGUCUCUGUACAAAGAGCGCCGAGGCACGAAACACAAACACACCUAGUGGCUUUGAGGAGGAACCUCGAGCAUCUGCAGCACACAAGCUGAAGGAAUCCAAGGAGUUCAGUUCAGUUCUUUCUGGAUGUUUCUGAAAUUCUCUAUCGUGUUUUUUUUUUUUUUUUCUCAAAACACUUCCCUGAAUUUCAUUAGAAAUCUAAUUUAUAGCUAAAUCAAACCUUCCUAUAUUAAUAGAACCUUCCUAUAUUCACUUCGGUUCAGUUCUGUCUGUAUAAUCAUUUAAACAAUGGGUAUUUGUUAUCCACAGAGCAGCUUUACAGAAAUAUAAAAUCCUGAAGAUAAAUGAUAAAAAAAUUGAAAGGUAUAUUUAUUUAUGAGGAUGACCGAGGUGAAGGUGGUGAAGAAAAACUGUGAGAUUAUAUAAGCGUCCAAAAGUCUGAGACUCUUACAUUUCUACUUGAUAUUCUGGGUUUUUUUUUUUUUUUUUUUUUUUUCCAAUUUAGAAAUAAACAGAAGGUUUUAAAGAUGUAGUCACUAUUCAACAUACUUUUGUUACUCCCCUACAAAAGAUUUACGCUUCCGGAUCUCUUUCCCUAAAACAUGAACAUGAGGUACAAAAAUGAGACUUUAACAAAUACUGACAAUUACAAACUCUUGUAAGUAUAAAAUCUAUGUAAUAUUUCUUUGCACUCAGGU